AUUUUUACCUGUCAAUGCCUGUAGUAAAUAUAAAACAUACAUGUAUCUUUAUCAACAGGUCAGCGAUCUUCAACGUCAACAAACCGUAUAGGUGUAAGUAUAUUUACAUUUGUCAGGCUAUAACUUAAGGUUAUAAUUUACAACUUACAGGAUGCAUACUUCUCAGUUUGUAAAUAUUAAUGAUUUAUUUUAAUAACGUUACGUUCAUUCCACGGAAUAUAUACACAGAGGAGAGAGAGUAGGUCUGAGAAAGGAACAGACGAUUAAAGCGGACAAUGACAGAACCAAUACAGACAAUUUCUAGUGUGCAUAAUUGAAGUAAAAUAGUCUAACCCAAUGGAGAGUAACUCCUCCAUUACGGAUCUCAGUGAUCCAAGAAGACCACAGAAGCUGUCCGAGAUGUUCAGUGAAAUUUACGAUAACCAAUGGACGGAAGCUUUUGAGCGACUCGGUUUGGAAGCCAAGACCGACAGUGACCGAAGCGACUGUGUCAUUACAAAACGGUUACUGGAUAUCUUAAUGGAAUGCUAUGCAUUUUGCAAACACGAAUCGGAGAAACAGAGGAGACGUCUGGUGGCCUCUCUAAUGUUCCUUGAUGAUGCAGAGGCGGAUCCAACGACGACAUUGUCUCAGUCUACCUCGACAAAGCUUAACGAGUUCAUCAAAAGUGUUGCCACAGAACUGGCGACACAUAUUAAAAAAAAAUUUCCCAAUAAAGAAGAGCUUAGAGCUCUGCAGAAUUAUCAAGACCGGUGUCUGGAGGUGUGCUGGUAUGCUAGCAUUCAAACCCCUCCAAUGUAUCUUACUGCAGAUUUUUCAAAGUUUGACAGUGAAUGUCACAGAGGAUAUCAAAAUAGUGGAAAGUUUGUAGAUUUCGUUGUCUGGCCAGCAAUAUACAUUGAACGAAAUGGUGCACUUCUCAACAAAGCUGUUGUUGAAGGCUGCAAUGAACAUAAGCCGACUCAACAGAACGGCUAUAUGAUUUCUACAAAAAGCGAUCCAUCCCAAAAGUUUGAAAACAACAACACAAUUUGCGUUUCCUCAACCCCAACUACUGCAGAUAAUGUUGAUGGAAAGCACAUUGCUAGAAUUCAGAUUCGUGCACCAAAGGACACAGAGUAUGAAAACGUAAUAAAAAAAGUUAAUAACUCUAAAAAUCCAGACGUUGUAGUAAAACAACCUCCUCUUUUACCCAGUCUUUCAGCAAAGGAACUUGAAAUUAAGAAAUCUGAGUUGAAAGACAUAAAAAGCACCGAACGUGGUCAACAAGACAAUGAAGCAACAGCUAGUAAGAAAGAAUCACCAAACCCACAGCUAAAAAGGCUCUCCUCACAGGAACCGACUUUGCAGAUGACCCCUUCAGCUAUUCUGGAUGUGUCCCCUGAAGAACUGGAAGAUAGGAAAUCAGCAUUGAAAGAGACAAGGUCAUCUGACUCCCGACAACAACCAAAAGAAAUCGGGACAUUUAAUUUUAAUUAAAAUUCCUCUAUCGGUCUAAGUGUUAAAAACAUUAUCCUAAUUUAUUGCUAGCAUUAUUAUCUUUAAUAUUUUCAGAUACAAAAACACAAUCUUGCAUAAUAAAUAAAUUGAAAAUGUAUAAAUAUUUGCAGUGCUACUAAUAAAUGAUGGAUAAAGAUGGGGAAGGGAGGCUGAAUUUUUCAUUAAAAUUUAAUGAAUGUGAA